AAGAAGAAGAAGUGGCUCAAGCGGUUCUUCCGUCGCGCUUUUCAUUCUCCUCGAUGCUCUGGCGCUUCUGUACCAGCAAGAGGAUUUUUCUUUCUUUUUCUAAAAAAAAGAGAAAGUCAUCAAAAGUAGACUCUGUAGUGAUUUUGACAGAUGAAGUGCACUGGCAGAUCGCAUCCAGGGAAGGACGAGGGGGAGUGUGAAGCACUCUGACCUGUAAAAGGGACGGAUUCCAGUAGAAAAGUAAAGAAAAGAAGAGGGUGCAAACGUAAAGAAAACGCUUUCUUCCUCUUAUUGGAUGGUUUAAGAGAAAAAUAAAGCUGACAAGAAUUGAAAUCUCGCUCUGAAGCAUCUUACAUCACCGUCGGCUCUGGAUAUGGACUGAUUGUUUUUAUCGAUCAGCUGAUUGAUUGGCUGAUUGGCUGUUGGACUUUAUUACCCGGCAAACUUGGACUUGCGGAGGAUUUGGCGUUACAAAGCAAAGCCUCUGCCUGUUCUGUCUUGAGAUUAUGCUUCUCCAUCAGCACCCCUGAAGCGAUUAAUCGAUAUAUGGACAACAACAUCGCGCAAAGUGGGACCUUACUGGUCAUUUGAUCUAUAACGGUCGACUUUCCUGUCUUUGCUCAACAACGAAAUACUCUUGGAAGAAACCGUCUAUAUAUGCAUCCUCAAACUUAGAGAUGCUUUAGAACCCUUUAGAAACUGCACGUGAUUUCUGGAGGUUUUCUAGAUGAAUUAUUAACGUCUCCUAUUUCACGUCGCAGACACAUUUGCGGCGUUCAGUUGCUUCCAGGGGUGCGCAAAGUAUCCUAAAGUACCAACAAAUGUGCGUAAAUGUCACUGUAAAAUAAUUUUAAAGGAAUAUAACGGUGAUUGUUGUUGUGCCGGAGCUUCGCAGGAUCCCAGUUUGGAGAUUGGAAGUUAUUUUUGGCUGCGUAAAGUGGAGCGACUCUUCCACACCACUGCCCGGACAGAGACAGAGACAGACUGAGAGGGGAACGGUACUUGUCUCUGUCUUCUGUUCUGUCCUGAAAGAACAGACACAGAGGAGGUAAAGAGAACGGAAGGAAUGCGAAACUGCGACUAAGUGGAGCAGCCUCUGUAUUCACAACAUCUCGGAGAAAAGAGAACACGGAUCCUCUUGCAGCCAGAUACUUUCUUGCAAGAAGCUGUACGUCUUUUUUCUUUCUUUCUUUUGCGUUAAAGAAAACAAAAAAAAAAAAAAACGCCUCCUCCUAUCAGCUAAUUAUCUGUACAGUUUGGAAAGGAAGAGGGGUCUGCACCAUCCAGGUUAUUUUACGACAGAAACAGCACAGAGGGGAACAUCAGAAGAAGAAUAAAAAAGGUGGAAUAACAUUUUUUUUUUCUGUUCAGUCCCUGUCAACAUUGUCGCGUGGAGCCGCGUGGACACAGGAUUUGAUCCUCAGAAAGCACCAGGUGCCAAAAGAGAAGAGAGAGAUGAAGAUUUUACCUUUCCUCUUCCUUCUCUUCCUCUUCUUCGCCACAGGAGAUUGUGACGAUGUCAAGUACAUCUCCAAGAGGAACUCAGUGGAUGGUUGUAUAGACUGGUCAGUGGACUUGAAGGAGUACCAUGUUCUGGCCGGUGAGCCUGUUCGGGUCAAAUGUGCCUUGUUCUACAGCUACAUCCGUACCAACUACACUAUGGCCACCAACGCCAAGCUGCGCCUCAUCUGGUACAAGAACAAAGGCGACGCAGAGGAGCCCAUCAUAUUCUCUGGCCACAGGCUGAGUAAAGAGGACGACUCUAUCUGGUUCAGAUCUGCUGAGCUUGAGGACAAUGGAUUCUACACCUGUGUACUAAGGAACUCCACAUAUUGCAUGAAAGUGUCUAUGUCAAUGACUGUCGAAGAAAGCGAUGAGGGGAAGUGCUUCAGCAGCAAAAUUCGCCAUUUGGAAAAAGCCGAAAUAACCCACAGCAAAAUGAUCACCUGUCCUGAUAUAGAAGACUAUCUGGCUCCAUACAAACAACCACAGAUGACCUGGUACAAGGAGUGCGAGCGGGUUGAAUGGAGGAGCUCCAUCAUCAUGAACAACACACACAUCUGGAUUCCAGAGGUGGAGGAGGGUGACGGGGGAAAUUACACCUGCGAGUUGCAGUAUGGAUCGAGAUUGGUGCGACGUACAACACAACUCAAAGUUACAGCCCUGCAGACAACCCAGCCUCCCAAGGUACUUUUCCCACCUGAGAGGCAAGACACAGUUAUAGAAAUCACACCAGGUAUGCCUCUCAGCUUGGACUGCAAGGCAUUUUUUGGCUACAGUGGAGAAAACAGAAGGCCCAUCAUCUACUGGAUGAAAGGGGAAAAGUUUGUUGAAGAACUAGCGGGACACAUCAAAGAAAGUGAAGUCAGGAUUUUACGAGAGCAUUUAGGGGAGAAGGAGGUGCAGCUAUCCUUGACAUUUGAUGCUGUUGAGGAGGCAGAUCUGGCUAACUACACCUGUUAUGUGGAGAACCACAUUGGGAAGCGCAGUGGGAGUGCUAUACUGCAAAAGAAAGACAUGUACCGUCUGGAGUUGGCUGGUGGUCUUGGGGUCAUACUCUUGCUGCUGGGAGUCCUGACAGCACUUUAUAAGUGUUACAACCUGGAAAUCAUGCUCUGCUACAGGAGACACUUUGGGAGUGAUGAAACUGAAGAUGAUAACAAGGAGUACGAUGCCUAUCUGUCCUACACUAAAGUAGACCUGGAUUCUUUGGGCAGGUCGAGCAGCGAUGAGGAGACGUUUGCUUUGGAGAUUCUGCCUGAUGUUUUGGAGAAACAUUACGGAUACAAGCUGUUUAUACCAGACAGAGAUCUAAUACCCAGCAGCACCUACAUUGAAGACUUGGCUCGUAGCGUUGAACAGAGCAGACGUUUAAUCAUUGUUCUGACUCCAGAAUUUGUCGCCAAAAGAGGGUGGAGCAUCUUCCAGAUAGAGACACGCCUCCACUCCAUGCUUGUUACUGGGGAGAUCAAGGUGAUCAUGAUAGAAUGUGCAGACCUGAAGAGUGUGAUCAACUACCAAGAGGUGGAAGCACUUAAACAUACAAUCAAGGUUUUAUCGAUCAUCAAGUGGAGGGGUCCCAAGAGCAACGAGCUGUCCUCAAAGUUUUGGAAGCAGGUGAUCUAUGAGAUGCCUGCAAAACGCAGAGAGACACUGUCCAGACGCCAGGUGAUGGAUUCCGGUGAACAAGGCCUCUUUGGCGACCUACAGACCACUGUCUCCACCAUUGCCAUGACUACAACCUCUGCUUCCUUGGCACCACCUAGCGAGAGUCGCCAUGGACAUCAUCAGGUUGCCUUGGCGACAGAGAUCCCUGACUACAACCAGAUGACCUUGCCCUUGGGUGGGGGUCACACGGCUACGGCAGCCCAAAUGAGGCAUUUCUGCCGCAGUUACGAGUUCCAACUACCCCCACAGCCCUCUUCCCUGUCACCUCCUCUCCCUCCUCCCACCACCGUGCAGUUCUCCACUCUAGGCCCCGGGGGGCGCCACGUCUACUGCAAUAUUCCUAUGACACUCCUGAAUGGACAGGUGCCUCAGAGCAAUACGCUUGGAAAGAAGCCAGAACUCCACCUGAACAGCACCUUCGUACCUCUCACCAGCAGAGAACUAAGCUCUGACAUCUGGUAGAAUGACGGCUUAGCUCGUACUGCAAUGCAGACCAGUUUCACAGACUUGUUUUCACUGGCUUUGGACACUGGGUAGACUAGACAGUCAACUGGUUUUCAAUAGGUUUUCAGACUUUGUACAGCCUUGAUGUCGGACUAGUGGUUAGGAAGGAUCCUUUGAACCUCCUCAUCCCAAUCUGUGAAAUACAGCUUGGAUUCACUCUGGAAGAGAAUAUUCAGAGGCUGUAGAGUGCUUUCAAGCAUAUGGAUUAAUUAUAGAAUUGGUUUCUGUUGGACCUACUGCUUAGUUGCAGAUCGAUACAGACUGGUAUCCAGGAUAAGUAUUCAUGACCUCUGGAAAGGAAUACAUUGUUGUACUGGUCAAACUGUGUCCAUGCUCACAUGACUGAUGGAGAGCAUUUGUAGAAAGAACACGAACAUUUUGACAUAUGUAUGCAAUGACUUGGGAAAGCUGUCAAAUAUGAAAAAAUAAGAAGAUAUUCGACAAAGAUAUUCAAGAUACAGGAUACCAAUGCGGAUCUUUGAGCCCAGAAACAUGCUCAUACACCAGCUACAUAUCCAGAAAAUCAGUCGAUUUGUCAGCAGCUUGACUUCUCAGAAGAUCAUCCAACAGUAGUGCAGUCUUUGGAAUGCCAGUCCAUGCUGAGUUUUCAGAAAUAUCGAGCUUGACUAGGUGACUCAUCAGUAACGGAGGCAGACUUCAAGCAAUGAUUUUGGAUACCAGUCCACCUUAACACAACAGGUCAACCUCUUGAAAUACCUCUCUACUGCUAGUUACCUGGUUUGGCUGAAACAGUCAAAUAAAUGGAUCACACAACAAGUCAUCAAAAUAGAUCGACAUGUAAAGCAAAGGCUGAACUUGAUUACUGAUAAAGCACAGGUAGCAGGUGGCAACGAGAGCAUAACUAGCAGUAUAAACUGGUUCAUAUAAAGGCUAGUUACAUCUUGACCUUCAAGGAUGCAGAGAUGAACCAUGAGACUGGACUCCUGCCAGUUCAUCACCUUGAAACCCAGUAAACAGCUACCAGUCACCUCAUCCAAAGCCAAACUGGCCCAGAGGUGAACUUUUACCACCAAGUUAAACGCAUAAAGGACUUGCUUUUUUAUUUGCAUGACCACCCAUUUAGAUAAAAAAAAUAAAUAAAAAUAAAGGAAACAUAGGUAAAAGAAUAAAUGACACAAUCAUUUGAUGCUGCCUCUUAAUAUGGAGGAGACUAAAUGUAUUAUGUUGAUACAGUAUAUUUGUUUUCUGUCCAGCCAUGAAGUUAUGAUAAAAACCGAAAAGGGAAAACAGAGGUGUCCCUCCAAAACAUUCAGAAUUUUUUAGUAUAUGUUCUGUUUUGUUUUAUUUAAAGAGUUACAUACUUUUGAGGUUUGGUAAAUUUAACUCCACUUUCUUUUUUAAUGUUUGUUUGUUAUAAUAAUCUGUACAGUUUCCGUAACUUAUGCAUUGAUCUUUACAUGACAGUGAUUUGUUCCCUACAAUUUCUGUUCACACCCACAUCAAGUGUGUGCAGAGGCUCUUUUUACUUUCACAAUGCUCCUUUAUUCAUAGAUGGAUGGAUGGACAGAUGGAAGCCCAGAAAGAUGGAUGGAUGGAUGGAUGGAUGGAUGGAUGGAUGGACGGACGGACGGAUGCAUGGAUGGAUGCACGGAUGGAUGGAUGUACGGACGGACGGAUUCUUAAUAUUUGUCAUGGCAGUACAAACCCUGCUAAUGGACUGAUGCUCUGUCACUCUGGAAUCCAGACCACCCCCAGUCAGCCAAAGGGGCUUCACUGCGUAUAAACCUGGACUCCAGCUGAACCAGACCGCAAUCUUCUUGUGAGCUUUAAGAAAACAAGAUUAUUACUAUAAUAUUUAAGCAAAGUGAGUAAUGUUUUGAAUUUACACAAAGGUACUGUCCUUGUCUUAUUAAAACCAAUGAAUUCUGGAUAUUUGAGAUUGUUUGAUACAAUAAUUAAUUAUAUGAGUUGUUCUAUUCAAUGGCAAUAUACAGUAUAGUGGUUGUCUUUUGAUUUCUGCUAAAUUUCUUUGGCUAUUCUUUGGAUAUAUUGGUUGAAAUAAUUUAACUGAGAGCAAAUAAAAAUUAUAUGAGUUGUUUUUUA